CUCUUCUCUCCUGCCUGCCUCUCUCUAUUACUCUCGUCUGUUCUCUGUUGUUUAGCCUGUUAGCAGCUCGCGCUCGUGUCGCCGUCGCUUCUGUUUGUGGAAAUAUCGACCUCCUCCUCGCGGGUGACACAAACGAACCUCCAGCCUCGUCCCCCGCUGCGCAGACAAACACCGAACCCCGAGCAGGAAGCAUGUCGACCGCCCUGGAGAGCUACAUCAACCGCACCGUGGCCAUCGUCACCUCUGACGGAAGGAUGAUUGUGGGAACCCUGAAAGGCUUCGAUCAGACGAUCAACCUGAUCCUGGACGAGAGUCACGAGCGCGUGUUCAGCUCCAGCGCAGGCGUGGAGCAGGUGGUGCUGGGACUUUACAUCGUCCGCGGAGACAACGUGGCGGUGAUCGGAGAAAUCGACGAGGACACAGACUCCACGCUGGAUCUGGGAAACAUCAGAGCCGAGCCGCUCAACUCCGUCGUCCACUGACCUCACCUUUGACCUCCCCUUCCUUUUAGUUACUGUCUCCAUGGAAACAGAAGAGGGAGGAGCCCACGACUCCUGCUGCGACUGAAAUCACUCGACCGUUCGCCGUUUCCGUUCAAGGACCUCAUCACGUCACCGUGUGAGCCGUGUUGCAUUCAAGGACCUCAGUUUAAUUGCGUAAAGUUCUUGAACACGGCACAUUCAACUGGAUCGUGUUACUUUCAAAGACUUCACAUAAUAAACUGAUGGAGUCCUUGAACUGUGUUGCGUUCAGGGACACCAGCAGUGUCCGGUGAUUCCAGUCACAGCUCCAGUCGUUCUGUGGAUGAUUUUUUUUGAAUCGAAACUGAAGAAAAAAAGGACUAAAAGUAAUUUUCAGUUUCUGUGUUUUUUUUAUAAAAGAAGAAAAGUUUGAGUCGUCUUUACGUCGCAUUCUGUUGUGUAUAUUAAAGUUUCACUUCACGUAAA